AUGCGCCACGAAAGUUGGAAUCGAUUCUGCCAAAACACCAGCAACCGAUUGGCGAUAGAGGCUCUUCAGCUGUUCAAGGCCCACCUCAAUGAUAAUCGUCAGGAUGACCAACCCGGUUGCGGACGGGAAUUUCUAGACAACAUUUGCUUGGGCAUUCGGAAAAAGUUUGAACUCGCCUUAUCCCAAAGAUAUUUCAUCUCAAAAGAAGACUGCACCAAAUUUUAUAUGUCUAAAGAUUCGCUUCGCAAGAAGCAGCAAUCCAAAGCUGACGAGGCGGGGGACUUUGAUCCAGCUGGGUCGGAGGAGGGUGCCUGCACCACGGAGGAGAAGGAGUCCUCCCUUGCGGCAUCGUCUUCCCUCUCCCUCAUUGGUGAUUCCACCCUUGGUGGUGGCGGAGGCAGGGGCGGAGGCCAUCACCACGUCCCCGCCUCUUCCUACGUCAACGCUAGCACCGUUGUUGCGGCAGCACUGGCAGCUGCAGCAGCUCAGCGGUCUGCUGCUAAGGCUACCUCCGCUACCGCGCCCCUUCCUGCUACCUCCUCUGCUUCCGGUCCACCCGUCUCUUUGCACCAUCACGACCACCACAGUCAAAAGGCAGAAGGGCGUUGGCGACCGGGUUCAUGGCUUCGACGCUCCUUUGUGUUGCUGUGGAGAAGAAGGGCAUCACCGGCGUCUGCCACUGCGACUGUGGCUGCUUCUUGUGCUAAACCGCUUCUUCAGGAUGAUAUUAUGAGCAUAAUCGCUUACCACCAAGCCAAAGCCAGCAAACAGUGUCGUCCUCCGGGCGCUAACAUCCUUCUCCUUGGUGAAUGUGUUCUUGAGGGAGUGCUCACUGAGUGGCUGGGUCCUGGUGGACUGGGAGGCAGUGGUGGUGCUGGUGUUGGUGGCGGGGUCGGCGGCGGUGGGGGCGGUGGCGUCUGCACUCCUCCGCCUCCUUCUGCCUCCUCUACCUCCUCCGCUUUUUCUGUCCCCGGCCUCUUGAUGCUGCAGGACAAUCCCCAGUGGGCGAGAUCUCGUCUCCUACUCAUGCGCACGUCAGCUGGAUAUGUCCUAGAAGUCUACACACCCCCUGAAUCGAAUUGUCCUCGUUACGGUAUCGCGUGCAGUCUGAUAGCGGAUCUCCGACGUCUGCGUCCUGCCGAGUUGACAGAUUUUCGCAACUACGUCUUCCUUCUCAAGACUGAGUCUGGCGACGAGAAGAUCUUUGAGGCGGCCUCCUCCAACGAAGCCGCCUGUUGGCUCACUGCCAUCCGCAAGUGUCUCCCGCCUCUCCGUCGUUGUCUCACCAAUCCUGCUGCUGCCGUGGCGGCUGCAGCCGCAGUAGCCGCUGCUGCUCACCAAUCCCUGCCCUCACCCGGCAGCCAUCAGCACCAUCACCACGGCAAUGGAGGCGGUGAAUUGGCAGAGCCUUCUCCUCUUCUGACACAACAACCACCACCACUACCUCUGCCGCCGCCUCUACCACCGUUGUCACUGUCGACAGGGUUCGAGUGUCAGAGACAGGUGGCUCCAUCUUUGUUGACGUCUGCUUCCAAGUCGAAGAUGCUGACCUCAGGUGAUGAAUUCGGACACCAGCACUCAACCACCUCUUCCACUGGCGCACUAAUUGAUCAGGCGGCCACUACCACAAAGCUGCAUCACCAUCACCACCUCCACCACCAUUCCCAAUCGCAACAACAGCAGCAGCAGCCGAAUCCUUCCGUCGUCCCCAAACAGAUCUCCUCCCAACAACCAUUUAAUUCUCAGGGCGCUGGCACACUCGUGUGUCCGCUUCCCUCCCGUCCACCCGCCGCCUUCCACCGCAUCGCUCCAUCGGAGCACACACCCUCCUCUGCUCCUGCUCCUGCUACCAUCCCUACCACCUCUGAGACCAACACCGACAACAACCCAUUCGUGUGCGAUAAGCUGCUGGCCAAUUACCCUUGGUAUCAUGGCACUCUGUCGCGCGUCGCUGCCACCGCCUUUGUUCUCGGCCAGCCGGCAGAGGUGGACGUUGGUGGGACGGAUGGGGCCUCACCGCCGCCACUGCCCUCUGCUCCGACGCGUAACCCGCAGCAAUCGUCGACAACAAACAGCGCCUCUAACGCUGCAGCUGCUGCCGGGUUGUCGGACGGAGUGUUUCUGGUGCGACAAAGUGAAACUCGGGUCGGAGAGUUUGUACUCACGUUUAGUUGUCAUGGCAAGGCAAAGCAUCUACGAAUGACUCUCAGCCCCGACGGUCAAUGUCAAGUUCAACACCUUCCCUUUGCCUCCAUCUGCGAGAUGUUGGAACACUUUCAUCAGGAGCCCAUCCCUCUGGAACAUCCCCCGUCCUCCACUACUCAGUCUCAGCAACAGCAGCAGCAACACCCAACUCCACUACCCCAUUCCUCCUCAGCGGGCGACGCGAAACCCACUGUCGAUACGGCCCCUCCACCCGUCACACUAUCAGCCUAUGUGGUGAACACGCGUCGUGCGGCUAAUGCUGGCCGUCUCUGUGGCCCUCAGUGGCCACGUCUCGUUUUCUGUCGUGGCUCCGUCCGCGCCAGCAUCAACACUGUCUGCUCGGACGUCGCGUCAGUGGCUGCCAGUGUGGCCACGCGGGCUGUGCAGAACCAGUACAUCCUCAUGUAUUCGGGUGAUGCUGAUGGUGGGUCCAUCGUUGUUCUGCCGGUUUGA